GACACAUGUUACUAGGCUACUUACAGGAAGCUAUACACCAGCUGUUCGUAAUACAGUAGGCUGCGAUGUUUUUGUCAUCACAAAAAGUUAAGCAAGUUACAUACACUAGUAUCAGAAGCCCAUCCCACCGGGCAAUAAACCACAUCCUUAUUUGGACGAUACACGCGUCUUUUUCUUUUUUAGAAAGCACGUUUAACUGACAGACAGGAGCUGGCCAAGACAAGGGAGCGGAAUUCAAUCAGAGGUGGAUCGCUGAAGACUCGUUUCAGUGGCGCCCAGAGACCCGAGUCACUUUUCACUUCUACCUCCAUUGGAUUACUGUUUUCACACUGACCUGUUGGAAUAUAACAUGUUGAAAAUGGAAAGGAAAGCUUUUUGUAGGAGAUUGUGUACUGUACUAUUCUUUACCAACUGUGUUUCAGGUAACUAUCCCAAGGCACAGAACGUUUCCUGGUUGUCUAUCAACUUCAAAACACUACUUAUGUGGGAUCCUAAACCUUUCAACUAUUCAUACACUAUUGAAUAUUCUGUUAUUGGUCAGAUAAGAGAGUGGAACCAACACUGUAUUCGGACCAUGUUGACUGAGUGUGACCUGUCCAACGUUCUGACUGACCUGAAGGCCACAUACUCAGCUGAUGUCCUCUCAGAACCCCUACACAGAGUGAACUCUGACCUCACAGAGUUCCCCCACACCAGUUCGGAAGGGUUCACACCUUACCAAGACACUCUUAUAGGCAGACCUGAGUUCAAGAUUGAGGUGAGCAAAGAUAAGAGGAAGAUCACUCUGUAUGUAGAAGACCCUCCCAUAGCCCUGUUCAACGAGCAGAACAAACUGAAGACCAUGCGGGAUGUCUUCGCUGAUGAGCUGCAGUACAAAGUCACCUUUGGGAAAGCAACAAGCACGGGCAAGAAAACCAAGAUGUCUGCCAGCAGUGAGAUAGAGCUAGACAGGAGGGAUAUAGAGCCUGGGGUGAGCUACUGCUUUAAAGUCCAGGCCUACAUCCCCUCCCGCAGCACAGACAAACAGCUGGGAGAGCUCAGUCAAACACAGUGUUCACCGGGUGCCAAUAAGUCCUUCUUUGAAGAGUUUGGAAUCGGUGUGAUCGCUGGGUUCAUCCUCCUCGUCAUUACGAUCAUAGUGGUGGCUGUCGUAGUCACAGUGGUGUGCUGCCGACGCACAAGGAAAGCCAACACAAGUGGGAAAGAAGGAGUGCCACUAAGAAGUGUGUAAAAAAUGUAUCGUCGACACACAAUUGGGAACACAAUGUACAGCUAAACUGGACUUUGAAAUGGAGGCUGCAGGUCAACAUUCUUCUGUGAAAUCGCACAGUGAAUAUGUUACACAUACCGUAAUGUAUAUUUUGUUUCCGUGCAUUGCUCCAAUAUUUUCCUUUUUAUUUGUUGAGUGGCUCUUCUACUGCUGUGAAUAUUAGCUUUCAGAAACACUACCACUACCAGCGUGUUUUAUAUCGUUUUUUAACUUGAUAUGAUCUUUGGGAAAAUAUAUCUUGAUUUUUGGGAGACGGCUGAAAACGAAAACGAAAACGAAAUGAUGAUUAGUAGGAUAUAUCAUUUUUUAUGAAGAUCCCUAAUGUAUAAUGUGUAGUCAUUCUGGAAGUCCUAUUUGUUUAUUUGGUUAUUUUAAGAUAUAUUUAUGUUGUAGAGCAGAGAUCAUCCACUAGAUUAAGCCGCGGGCUGAUUUUUUUCUUGAGCGGAUGGUCGGGGGGCCGGAACAUAAUUACAAAUCACUUGUAGACUGUAAAUUGACCACAAGAAGCCCAAACAGAUAGUCAUUUCAAAUCUUGCCUACCUUUGUAUCAGAUCACGUUUCUCUCUUUUAUCCGUGGGAAUACUUGGGAAAAGAUUUCUUAAAUUAAAAUCACUAGGAGCUGAAUUCCUGCUGUUUCUACAGUCUAUUAUGUCCACAAAAUAAAAUUAUUUUUUAUUUGUUUUUUUUUGCUCAGAAAAACACCCGCAGGCCAAAUUCGGUCCGCGUGCCACCAGUUGGGGACCCCUGGUUUAGAGGUUUGAGUGAUCAGUAAAUAGUAUUGUCUGGAGAUUUAAUAUAAAUUUAUACCAAACAUUUAGGCAAAUACUUAAAAGUAAAAGCCAUAAAUCAUACACUAUGGUCAAAUUCAUAGAGUACGCAAUGUAGGUCAAGUCAUCAAAAUUGCAAACAUGUAGUAUGCUUGGAAAGGGUACAUCCUUAUGGUCAUUGUGAAACACUACCACUACAUGGAAAAGGGUACAUCCUGAUGGUCAUUGUAAAACACUACCACUACAUGGAAAAGGGUACAUCCUGAUGGUCAUUGUAAAACACUACCACUACAUGGAAAAGGGUACAUCCUGAUGGUCAUUGUAAAACACUACCACUACAUGGAAAAGGGUACAUCCUGAUGGUCAUUGUAAAACACUACCACUACAUGGAAAAGGGUACAUCCUGAUGGUCAUUGUGAAACACUACCACUACAUGGAAAAGGGUACAUCCUGAUGGUCAUUGUGAAACACUACCACUACAUGGAAAAGGGUACAUCCUGAUGGUCAUUGUGAAACACUACCACUACAUGGAAAAGGGUACAUCCUGAUGGUCAUUGUAAAACACUACCACUACAUGGAAAAGGGUACAUCCUGAUGGUCAUUGUAAAACACUACCACUACAUGGAAAAGGGUACAUCCUGAUGGUCAUUGUGAAACACUACCACUACAUGGAAAAGGGUACAUCCUGAUGGUCAUUGUGAAACACUACCACUACAUGGAAAAGGGUACAUCCUGAUGGUCAUUGUGAAACACUACCACUACAUGGAAAAGGGUACAUCCUGAUGGUCAUUGUAAAACACUACCACUACAUGGAAAAGGGUACAUCCUGAUGGUCAUUGUAAAACACUACCACUACAUGGAAAAGGGUACAUCCUGAUGGUCAUUGUAAAACACUACCACUACAUGGAAAAGGGUACAUCCUGAUGGUCAUUGUGAAACAAUGCAUUUACUUCCAAAUGACCUUGUAUGCUCCAUUUAGAUAGCUCACUUUUGUACCUUCAUUUAACUAGGCAAGUCAGUUAAGAACACAUUCUUAUUUACAUUGACAGCCUACCAGGGAACAGUGCAUUAACUGCCUUGUUCAGGGGCAGAAUGACAGAUUUUGACCUUAUCAGUUUGGGGAUUUGAUCUAGCAACCUUUCGGUUACUGGCCCACUAGGCUACCUGCCGCCUCUACACUCUAACCACUAGGCUACCUGCCACCUCUACACUCUAACCACUAGGCUACCUGCCGCCUCUAUUCUCUAACCACUAGGCUACCUGCCGCCUCUAUUCUCUAACCACUAGGCUACCUGCCGCCUCUACACUCUAACCACUAGGCUACCUGCCUCCUCCACACUCUAACCACUAGGCUACCUGCCGCCUCUACACUCUAACCACUAGGCUACCUGCCGCCUCUACACUCUAACCACUCGGCUACCUGCCGCCUCUACACUCUAACCACUAGGGUACCUGCCGCCUCUACACUCUAACCACUAGGCUACCUGCCGCCCAAUAGCUCACUCGUUUACAUUUGAAGUUUCCUCACCUGUCUGUGACUUACUUCAAUAAAUAAACUAUAUAACAUUAAAGGCCUGAUUGCUAGGUUCAUUUUAAGAUGUCAGGCUUGAUAAUACGUUCAACCAUUUUGGUACAGUGACUCACUACCCAAACCAGACGCAACUGGUUUCCAAGUGGCCAAGAGACGUCAUGUGAUCUCUUUACUGCCAUCUAGGGGACAAACUGGGUAUCAGACAGGGGAUAUAUAUAUUUAAAUCAAUGGAUAGAUAGAGACUCAGCUUGGCAAGUUGCAAAACAGCUGCGCUUUUAAAAUGGCUGUGUUCCAAUGAGUAUUCACAAAUGUGUAGAGGGCCACCAUUAGGUAAAAUAUCUAAUAAUAAAAAAAUGUGUUAUCCUUUUAGAACAGUAAUUGGUGAUUGGUAAUUGGUAUUUUAUUUGAAACCUAGACUUUAAAGUCUCUUAUGCACCAACAUGGGGACAAUUGCCCCCACCCCCCCCCCCCCACUCCCUGAAAACAAUUAAUACGAAUAUGAAUUUCAGUUGUUUUGGCCUGCUGUA